UAGAGCCACGAUGACAGCAGAGGACCUUUUGAACACUCUAGAGGAUUUAAAAGAUGAGGAAUUCAAGAACUUCAAAUGGUAUCUGAAGCAGCCCGACAUCCUGGAAGGCUACAAACCCAUCAAAGAAUCCAAGCUGGAGAAGGCAAAAGAAAGGCAGGACACAGUGGACCUGAUGGUGAAGACCUUUAACCUUGAUGGAGCUCUGAAGGUGACCAAGAAGGUUUUAGAGAAGAUAAAGAGGAACGAUCUGGUGCAGAG